AUGUCUUUGAUAGCGAAAUAUAUUAGUCUUAUCAUGGUUAUGAGCCUUUUAAGUUUUGGGUCGUCUGAUACUGGAAUCGGAACCAUCAAUGGCCCUCCCUACUUGCCAUCAGCAUGUUACGGGACACAGGAUCAAGGAGUUAUGAUAGCGGCUGCAAACGAGGAUUUAUAUCAAGGUGGAGCAGCAUGUGGAAAAUAUUUUCAAGUGACAUGUACCGGCGGAACCAACCUUGGUACACCACACCCUUGCACCAACACCCCAACGGUGACCGUAAUGAUCACAGAUUUCUGCCCACCACCUGGUUGCAAGGGUGACCUUGACUUAUCACACGAAUCUUUUUCCACCAUUGCUGAUCCUGCAGCCGGAGGAAUCCAAAUCUCUUACCAAGAGUUGUGA